GAUGUUUUAUAUUUUUCAGUUGUUGUGUUUGUUAUCUUUUUUUCUCGGAGAUAUCAAAGCAAACGGAAAAUUGAUUAAUGUUGCUGACAAAUUAAUGGGUUCCAAGUGUUUUGUUAAUUCAGUUAAACCAGCUUUGAAAGGACUGGAUUUUGAAUGCGAUAAUGUACUUUCUCCAAAUUGGAUCAAUACCAAUUCUUGGAUAACAAAUUGCAAUCCAAGUUGUUUAUCAGAAGAGCUAACAAUUACUUUUAAAACAGCUUAUGAUGUUAUGGAAAUCUGUAUUUCACAACCUUUUAUAUCGCUUGCAAACAAAGUACCAGAUGUUGAAAUUACUUGGAAUGACCAACAAUCAUAUGAGAUAAAACUUGAUCCAACUGCGUUAAUUCAAUGUUUUCUUCCCAAAUUAAAUUACGGGAAACAAAUACAAAACAUGACCUUUAUUACGGUUCAUACUGAUAAACUAGAAAAUGCAAAGAGUGCAGAGUUUUUGACAGAUAUAUCUUCAAUAGAAAACGGAGCAACAUGCAGAGCAAAAACUGAAUAUAGUAAUCUUUGGGCGUGCCAUCUGGCAUUGGAUUUCAUAAGUAGCUUACUGGUGGCUCACCAAGAGUGGUCUUCUCGCUGCAAUAAUGGAGACUGUAUUGGACAAUUUAUUGAUGUUACUUUUAAGAUAUACGAUACGCCAGUUAUUUUUUGCCUGACAAACAGGCAAUCUUAUACACAGUUUAUAACAAAAGCCUCAGCAAAAUGGUCAUCUGGCUUGAUUAGAACUCACGAUUUAGGAAAAGUAUACACUCGAUUUUGUUAUAACUAUUCAAGUGGAUUUGUAGAAACAGGAGUUAGAGUUUCAGUAGUGGAAAAAAAGGGUACCCAUAGUCUUGGAUUUGGUCAACUUCAAGUCUUUGUUAAAAAUUCAGCUGAAAAAGUUUAUGCUCUACAAGGCACAUCUGAUUUUGUUUACAAUCUUCCAUCAUAUAUUCAUAAUAACUUUAAAGCAUUCAGCUUUAGUUUAUAUGGAAACAACAAAACUUCUGGGGACAACUGUGGAGAUAUUUAUAUUACAUUCUCUUUUAAUCAGACCAGCGUUUUUAAGAUUUUUAUAUCAAAUAUCGUAAAGAGUCAUAUUGUAAUUGUUGAUCCUUUUGCUAAAGUUUAUGACUCAAUUAUCCAACAAUAUAUCAAAUGUAAUGAGUGGAACGAUUUUUGGAUAACGACAACUAAUGAGAUAAAUAGAAUAUCUCAAUUAGUAUGGAGGAAUACAAAUUCUAGUAUUGAUCAUAAUCUCAAAAUUAAUGAUAUAGAUGGAAGAACAAUUCAUCUACAUAUAAAAGAAAAUUGUACAAAGAAACAGCAUGAAUAUCUAAAUGAUAAAUUAAUAUCAACUUGUGUAGCCUUGUCAAAACUUUCAAACGUAAUAUACACAUCAACUUUAAAUGAUGGCAAAUUAAUAAAUAUUGCCAGCAAAAGUAAUGGAGCAACUUGUACAGCUUCAAGUGUAUAUACUACAUCAAUUGAUCAGAAAUGCGAUUAUGCGCUAGAGCCUUUCUGGAUUAAUCACAAUGACUGGGCAGCAACAUGUUCAUCAAACUUAGAUUGUAAAGCAUCAUGGAUAAAGAUCAUUUUUAAGAAAGCUUAUGAUGUAAUACAAGUGUGUGUUGUUCAAAGAGUAGUUGCACCCGCUAAUUUACUAAGAAAGAUUGAAAUUAAAAUUGGCAACAAUCCAAUAAAGAUAUACAAUGUAAAUCUUAUUGAAACUUGCUUACUACUUGAAGAUGGAAUUGGAUCUAGCGCAUCUGAAAUAGAACUUGAGCCUAAAGAAUUUAUGAGUGCAAGUUCAAUAAAUACAGGAUUCAAUUCUAUCAGUGUUUUUGCAUACGAAGAAGAUUCCUCUGUCGAGAAGGGAAGUGAUAUAUUUGUAAACAUAGCCGAUUACGAUUUGGGAGCAACUUCUACUUGUUCGUCCGAACAGAAUAGUUUGAAGUGUCCAUACGCGCUUAGUAGAGUAUUCUCAAAGUCUUGGGUUGCAACGUGUCAAAUAGGAGGAGCAAGUUGUAUUGGUCAAUAUAUUGAAGUAACAUUUAUGCACUUGGCGCAACCUAAAAUGUUCUGUUUGUCAAAUAGAUAUGAUCAUGUUUACAAGAUUUUAACUGCCAAAGUAGAAUGGAGUUCAGGUUUUAAUGAGACAAUAUCCCUUCCUAACGAUAAUAACAGACACUGUUUCAAAUAUUCAAAUGCUCCCGUACUAGAAUCAGGAUUUAAAAUUAUUGCCAAAACUUCAUCGCAUCCGAAAGAUAUAGGAUUUCAAUAUAUUAAUGUCUUUGCAAAGAAGAUGGAUGAAAGAGUUUUUACUAUUCAAUCAAAUACUGAUUCAAUUUAUCACAUACCACCUCAUCUUAAUCGGAAUUUUAGGGCAAUGAGACUUAAAUUUAAGGGAGAAGAUCAAGGAGAAGCUUACGAUUGUUCCUCCUUAAUAAUCAGUUUCAAGAGCAAAUUGUCAAUCCAGUUCAUUUUAAAGCUAGAUGAAAUUAUUGGUAAUAGCAAGAUUUCUUCAAUUCAUCUUACAGGCCCCGCUAUAAUUUCUAAAGUUCUAACGAAUUCUGAACCAUUAAUUAGCUGUACUAAAUGGAAUGAAUUGUGGAUAGAAUUGUCAACAACUGAUGUAAAAGUUGGCUUGGGUAAAACUUAUGGCAGUUCUAUAUUGGCAGUUGUCGAAUCAAGUUUCUGUCUCGAAAUUACACAAAUUCUAUUUAAAAACGGCAAUGGAUAUAAUAUUAAAAAUCAUAUUCAAAUAUCUGAUAAAGGUAUACAAUUUUUUAAUAUCUCUCACCGAUCCACCUUUCUACUUGUAAAUAUAACAAUUGCAGAAGGAAGUACUCUAGCAGAUAACACUAAUGACUGCCAUAUAAAUCCCUACUAUGAAACACUUGAUAAAUCAAUUCUUACAUGCGUAGCUCUGGCGAAGAGAAAUAAUAUUUUAGAGUAUAAGUUGACAAAUGGAAAUGGGACGAUAACUAAUUAUACCUUUAAUGAAAUAAUCUUCAAGAAAACUGCUCCAUUAUCAGGAAAUAUUAAUGUUUAUUUUUUCUUCAAGACUAAUAACAUUGAAACUGGAAGUAGAAGAAUGUGUAAAGCAAAACCAAUGCUUGAUAAAAGUUCAUUUUUGCAUUUCGAAUUUGAGUGCCAUGUAGAUGAAAAUCUCAAUUUGAAUAGCUUAUUUGUCAGUAUAAACAUAGAUGAUUUAACGGAUGUUAAGAAAUUAUUUCUCUGCGAAGUUUUCAUACAGAAUUAG